AUGGACGCUAUGUUCCUGAACACACUACUGGCCAGAGUGCUGCUGCUCAGCUGGAUGUGGAUGGCAGUACCGGGCCAGGGCCAGGGCCAGAGACCGGCUCCGGUUGACCCCCUGACGGCGAGCCGGGCCGACCCGCAGUGCUGGGACUCCUCCUCGGCUCUGCUGCUGGAGAUGCGCUCCCCGAGGAUCGCCGACGCCGUGCCCGCCUUCUGGGACAUGAUGGUGUUCCUGAAGUCGUCCGCAAACAGGAGACACACCAUGCUGUUCUGGGACCUGGCCCGGGUCUUCUGGGACAUCUACAUGGACUGCGUCAUGUCCAGAACCCACGGAUUAGGAAGGCGUCAGCUAAAACGGCCCAACGGGCGAGUCACUGCUGUUCACUCCCUGGUCACUGAUAAAUCCUUCAGCGUUAAUUCACAAUCCAACUUUUCCAGGCUGAAGCAGUUCUCGGAGGCAUGGCUCAGUGUCAGGGUUCGACGCGCGGGGCCAGGCACUGAAAGUCACACCAAGAUGCUGAGCAGGGCAACUAAGUCAGCCACACAUAAACAGUAA